AUGAAACUUUUAUCGAUUUGCUGUCUAAUUUCCAUCGUUAGCGCCGAAAGUCUCUCCCCGAAGGAGAACGAGCUAAGGCUGAAGACUUGUGGAACUUCGCCUGACCCCAAAUGGAAGGUUCUACUGCAUGUUGGAACAGCUACUAUCCGGAUGUGACCUUCCCGGGUGUCAUGAUCUCUCCGCGGCACUUCCUGACUUCUGCGAAGCUGACCACUGACGGUUCUCCGUGGACUUAUGGGAAUGGUACAGUGGUGCAGUUCAAAGACAUUUGCAAGGUUCUCAGAGGAGCCUCCGUCGUUCACAACUUCAAGGACAUCAUCAUAACAGCACCUGGAUCCACAGUUAAAUUGAAAGCUGUAGGUGGAUAUGUGCUCAACUAUUGCUCGGAGCUCAGCAGCUACCUUCAGUACUUCCCGAUGUUGGUGGAAAUCGAUCAGGAUCUCAAGAGCUUUGAGUGUCUGGCACAUUCCUCGGAAAACCUGAAUAAAUUGGAUGCUCUUAGUGUUUAUAACUAUUAUGAUACGGGCAGACAAGCAACCAUCAUGUCAGUUAACGGAAGCAAUUUAAGCGUGAAGAGCAGUCAUGCGAGAGAUUGGCUCGGUGCUCCUUUGAUGAGGGGAUCAGUUGUGAUCGGAAUCUCAAUUGGACGAUCACCUACAGGAGACUCGGCAUGGUUCCUGAAGCCGGACAACUAUGCGCUUUGUGGAUUGGCUGGAAUUUGUGAAGGCCCGGCUCAAACUUCCACAGCUCCUUCAACUAGAUCCUCUAAACUUCCCACCUCAUCGGUUUGGAAGGCAACAACUACACCUUCUGAUCUUCCAACCAAGCCUUCAAGAACCCGAUCAUUGACCUCAACGAGUACUACUACUGCAAAGCUUCCAACAACAACAUCCACCACCUUCGCAGCUCCACAAGCUUCCACGGAACCAUCGGAGGCAACAGAAGCUUUAGCAACGGCUACACCUGCUGAUCUUCCAACCAAACCUUCGGGGAGAGAAAUUACUACGAUCACAGGCACUCGAAAAUUGAGCUCAACGAGUACUACAAAGCUUCCAAAAACAGCAUCCAAAACAUCCACAGCUCGACUAGCUUCCACGGAACACUCGGAAGCCGCAGGAGCUCCAGCAACGGCUACACCUUUUGAUCUUCCAACCAAGCCUUCAACAAGUACUACAAAGCUUCCAUCAACGGCUUCCACCACCUCCGCAGCUCCACUAGCUUUCACGGAACCCUCGGAGGUUGCAGAAGCUCCAGCUAAUCCAGCGGAUCAUGAAGAAACUGAAGUCCUUCCAUUGGCAAGUGGAGCCUCGAAUUGGAACUUAACGUUUUGGAUUUUGUGUUUUUAUGGAAUAAAGUACUUUUAG